GCAUUGCCCUUCUUUGCUAACAGCAGUUAGCUGCACACCAAAGAGAGGGAGAGAGAGAGAGAUGGUAUCGCUUAAGCUCCAGAAACGGCUCUCAGCGAGCGUUCUAAAGUGUGGAAAAGGAAAGGUUUGGCUCGAUCCAAAUGAAGUCAACGAGAUCUCCAUGGCCAACUCUCGCCAGAAUAUAAGAAAGCUGGUUAAAGAUGGUUUUAUCAUCAGGAAGCCAACCAAGAUUCACUCUCGGUCUCGCGCGCGCCGCAUGAAGGAAGCCAAGAGAAAGGGGCGUCACUCUGGUUAUGGUAAGCGCAAGGGUACAAGGGAGGCAAGGUUGCCCACAAAGAUCUUGUGGAUGAGGAGGAUGCGUGUUCUGAGACGCUUGCUCCGCAAGUAUAGGGAAUCAAAGAAGAUUGACAAGCACAUGUACCAUGACAUGUACAUGAAAGUCAAGGGUAAUGUGUUCAAGAACAAGAGAGUUCUCAUGGAGAGCAUCCACAAAUCUAAGGCUGAGAAGGCCAGAGAAAAGACGUUGGCUGACCAGUUUGAAGCUAAGAGGGCUAAGAAUAAGGCAAGCAGGGAAAGAAAAUUUGCUAGGAGGGAAGAGCGUUUGGCCCAGGGACCUGGAGGAGGAGAAAAGCCAGCUGCAGCACAGCCUGCGGCAGCUGUGCAACCAGCCGUGGGUUCCAAGAAGUCAAAGAAGUAAAACAGAAAAGAAAAAGUAAAAUUUCUUACUGAAGAGUACUGAUCGAACGUGACAUUUAGAUUUUUAGUGAUGUCUUAAGUAAUUUUGUUGAGGCAAUGUUGUGUUUUUUUGGUUGAUAUGAACUUUUGUUCUUUUAGGCGGAUUAAGCUUUAAAUGUUUUUUUUAUCAGUUUACUGAUUUGUUUUUUUUUGUUAAUUACAUGAUAUAAUGUUGUGUCGGAAUUUAUCUUAGUGAUUUUCAACAUCACUCGUAAUAAAUCUGAAAAAUGUUCACUGCA